GAACGUAUCUCGAACGGUUCAAAAUAAUAUCACCAGUCAUUCGUUCGCGCGCCUUCCCACCUGCCGGUCAUGUCAUAGUGGAAAUCGAAGUUGGUGCUUAAAUGCAGAGCAUUCUAGUGCGCCAGGACAGUUCGCGAGUGAUAAUAUGCCGCCAUCAUACGAGAGGCGACGGUCCCCGAAUACCCGAUCAUGGACGAGAUCACCACAAAUGGAUCGACGGUCAACAUUAGCGUCGCGCGAGAAUUCGGAACAAAGCGAUGAUAGCGGCGAUUCUUUCCGCGUCAGGAGCUUACACAAGAAACGGGGUGAUGCCAAUUUUGUCAGGCGGCAAAUCGACGAUGACGGUCCGGACGAUAGGCUUGGACUCGUCGGAGAUCGGGAUAGCGAAAGCGACGCGGACAGCUUCGAUGGGUCGGACGGCUUUGACGAUAGCGAGAUCGAUGAAUACAUUCCCGACCGAAUCAUAAUACCGACAUCGACGAGCUCUUCUAGAUCUAUCCUUACUUUGACGGCGCUACCUCCGAGUCAAGCUACUAAUGGGCCGGAGAGCAUAAAUAGUCCAUCAUUACGACGGCCAUCUCCCUCCCCAACCCCCCCGGCCUUGCUGGCCCCUGUCGAUCCGGUCAAUCCAGGUCUCAUCCUUCUACCCUCGACCGUGUUGAGAGAGGGGGCUGGGCCAGAUACCACCAUACUGCCGUCUAUCAAUACGGAGGUUUUAUCGACUUCGACGCCGGCAUCUUCUCAGCUACAGACAGCGACCACCUCGGCAAUAGGCCAAACCCCCAGCAGCGAAUUUAGUAUGGACGACGAUGACAAUGACGGCAUUUGGGUUAAAUGGCGGGUGGAAGGUGACAGGGACCUGCCCGGACGGCAGCUAGAUCCCACAGCGGAACAUGUUCUCAUUGCCGUCGGGUCAAUAGGCGCCUUCAUCCUAUUCUGCUUCAUUUCUUGGAUCAUCUACAGGGUUUUCAAGAGAUCCAGAGGCCAGAGCUUCGGCGGUCCUAGUGGCAUGGGGUUCAUCGAUAAAUUCCCCUGGAAGCGGAAGGGGCCGGUGGAGGGCACCUGGAACGGUACCCCGGUGCGCGGGGCCAACGAGGCGCCUCCUAUAUAUGAGAAGGGCGAGUACGGCACCAUGCCGGCCUACUACGCCCCGGGUGGCGUCGCUCGCCCAAUCGCCCGGAAUUCCGAGGCGGGGACACUCCCGCAACCACUAAAUGUCAACCCGGUACACCUCGGUAUCGCCGAUCACUACGAAGCAGGCAAUGCCAAUGCCAACUUAACGAUGAGAUCUCAGGCGCCCGACCCUUACUACAACCAAUCUGAUGUUGCUCAACAGCCGCCGGAAGCGUAUCUCCCGGCGAGACGGUCGAACCGAACCAGCGAAAUAUCGUCGAUCUCUUCCGGGUUUGGCGAUGGCGAUAUUAUCGUACCCCAGAAUCUAAGCAUGUCCAUGCCCAUGCCCGCACCCGUUCCGCUGGCAGAUAGUGCGGGCGGCGCAGAUGGUCCGGAGAAGCCGGCUCCUAGAGAUUCCUGGGUGAGUCGGGACGGGGACCGGAGACAGAGUAGGAGGGAGAGCAGGAGGGAAACGAUCUACACGACGACGAGCGAGGAUCGUCCAGCCCGAUUUCGCUCUAUAGGAAGCUGGGUAAAUCAGCAGGCGGGACGAGCAAAGAGGGCGCGCUCUCGAGCGCGGGAGCGUGGUGAGGUGCCGGUCAUGCCGGCGAUCCCGGGCGAGUUGAGCAUGACCCGAUCCACCAUGUACCGGUGACAAAAGAGGGCUACCAUGCCACGUAAUAUUACAAGACAGAAAAAAAGACAUAAACUUUCCCACAGGAGAAUUCGCUUUUAGCCCUACGCUUACUUUUCCAUCCCCACGAGGGAGUCUUUUUUCUUUUAAGCUAGCCAGGCUCGGACGUGGAGUCGUGAUGCGCAGCGGUGCGACAGUUUACCUUGGGAGGAGCACGCCCGUCGCGGCUCAUCCUCACGCCAGCCAAUCUCUGUUACAUAUGCGUUGUAUGUGUACAUAUACUAUAUAACCUUACCUAUCUACCUACGUACGCUGCAGUCGUAUCCUCGAGCGGAACGCCGUGCCUUGCCCAGGUGUACCGGUCGGAAUUCCGUUCUCUGACAUUCGAUAUACCAUGUAUUUUUCUUUUCCCUUUUCAUAUACUGGGGCUGGAGGAUAUAGAGGGAAAGCGGCGGAGCUAGAGAUAGGGGGCAGAUGAUAUUAAUACCGUGACGGGACUUUCUCCCUCA